UUCACCAACAUAGAACAGUCUGGAAGGAGAUUUCUCUUAAGACAAUCAAAGAACACAGAACCCUUUAAUAAAACAGAAGACAUUUAGCAUUUUAUAAGCUUUUGGCUGUCUGAGUAGAAAAAAAAUGAAUCGUUACACAAUUAUGAAACAACUGGGUGAUGGCACCUAUGGCAGCGUGUUGAUGGGGAAGAGCAAUGAGUCGGGAGAACUUGUGGCUAUCAAAAGAAUGAAGAGAAAGUUUUAUUCAUGGGAUGAAUGUAUGAAUUUGAGAGAAGUCAAGUCUCUGAAGAAACUAAACCAUGCCAAUGUAAUAAAAUUGAAGGAAGUCAUACGAGAAAAUGACCACCUGUACUUUGUAUUUGAAUACAUGAAGGAAAAUCUCUAUCAGCUAAUGAAGGAUAGAAACAAGUUUUUCCCUGAAUCAGUCAUCAGAAACAUGAUGUAUCAGAUAUUGCAAGGGCUGGCUUUCAUCCACAAACAUGGGUUUUUUCAUAGGGAUAUGAAGCCUGAAAACCUUCUCUGUAGUGGACCAGAACUUGUGAAAAUUGCAGAUUUUGGGUUGGCUAGAGAAUUAAGAUCUCAGCCACCUUACACAGAUUAUGUUUCUACCAGGUGGUACCGUGCUCCUGAAGUUUUGCUGAGAUCUUCUGUCUAUAGCUCACCUAUUGACAUAUGGGCAGUUGGCAGCAUAAUGGCUGAGUUAUACACACUCAGACCGCUUUUCCCAGGCACAAGUGAAGUAGAUGAAAUCUUCAAAAUUUGCCAAGUCCUAGGGACUCCAAAGAAGAGUGACUGGACAGAAGGAUACCACCUUGCUUCUGCCAUGAAUUUCCGUUUCCCACAAUGUGUUCCUAUAAGCCUAAAAACUCUCAUCCCAAAUGCAAGCAAUGAAGCAAUACAGCUUAUGAGUGAUAUGCUGAACUGGAAUCCAAAGAAGAGACCUACAGCAAGUCAGGCUUUGAAGUACCCUUACUUUCAAGUUGGCCAAAUUUUAGGACCUCCUCCGCAGUAUCUGGAGAAGCAGACUCCUGUUAAACCAGUUCAGCCAACAGAGCCAAAGCCAUCUUUACCUAAACUGGAAGCUAAGCCAGAACCUCCAUCUUCACCUGAUUUACCUGACAAAACACAGCCACAGCCCUUGCCAAAGGUUAACCACCAGCCUCUCCAGCAAAUUCAGUUGCCUCAGAAUACAGCUAACCAGCAAGUACCAAAGCAGCAGCAGCCACAGGCACAACCACUUUUUCCGAUUAUUAAUAAAACCUCAUCACCUGUAACCGCUAAUGGCCCUCUGAAUGGUGUACCAGGUCCUAAAAACUGCAGAAGACGGUGGGGUCAGACUUUGGUAAAGGCUGUGGAUAGCUGGGAUGACUUGGAUGACCCUGAAUUUGGAACAUCAUGUUCGAAGAAGCCUAGCAUUGCACUGUUAAAAGAAAAGAAAAACAAGGAAAUUCUUUUUAGUGUGCCAGAACCAAAAGCUUCAUGGUGUAUCCAGCCAGGAGGGGAAAACAAGAUUCUGAUGAGGAAUGAUUCUGAAAGAUCAACUACAUCAGCAAAAGAUUACUAUAUAAACCAAUCAAGAUAUCUGCCUGGUGUAAACCCUAAGAGCGUCUCUUUAUCAGCAGCCAAUAAAGAAGGAUCACAUGGAACCUGGAACAACCAGUUGUUUGCUAAAUCACUGACAAAUGUUGGGGGAGGAUUGACUUACAGCAGAAAUACUGCAGGAAAUCCUGGCUUUGUAAGUAGUGGUGCUUACAACCCAUCGGGACUAUACACCUCUUCCUUCCGUAAAAAAGAAGUUGGAUCAGCUGGACAACGGAUACAGCUAGCACCUCUUGGUGCACCUGUAUCAGAUUAUUCCUGGAAAAACAAAGCUGCUCGUCCUCCAUUACCAGGUCCUACUUUCAAUGCAGCAGCAAAAAACAUGAAUAUCUUAACUCGCCCCCCAGCAAUUCAGCGAGUACAUGGGAGAACAGACUGGGUGGCCAAAUAUGGAGGGAACAGAUAGAAAAUACCACCCUGUGUGGAUAUUACAUGCUCUGUCUUCAGUUCUCCUGCACUUGGAAACCUGAAAAGCCUAUUUGCUCCAGCUUUUCCUAAGACUACGCAAUAGCAGAGAAGAAAAAAAAGACUGUAUUCUAUUUCCUGUAUAGCACAUAUAAUACCACGUAAAAUACUGGCUGUAAAGUAGGAUGCAAUGAAGUAUUGUACAACACAUAUUGCCAAAACUAAGAAGUAGAUUUCACCUGAUGUUUUCUGUAGAUAGAUCUCCUGUUCUUGCACUCUUUGGAACAACUAGGGUUAGGGUUGUUCAUCCAGUGCAACAUCUGCUGCUGGGAUGUGCUUGAAGCACACAAGCAGCACGAAGAAGGGCUGAAGCAGAGCAGCACCAGGCUUCCAGGUGUCAGGCUGCUUCCUUAGCAGGGAGAUGAGAGUGAAAGCACAGAUCUGGCUUUGUGAAGAACAUCAGUCUCCUGCAAGGACUGCAGCACUCACUUGUAACUAAGAGCUACUCAGGGUCUGUAAGGUGCAAAUAUUCAUGUAACAAUGAGAACUGAAACCCUUGUGGUCGGAUCCAGGCAGUCCACUGAUCGAUACUACACAAGGAAGGCCUAGAAAUCUGGCCAAUAGAGGGCUGUAGAAUGAUACAGCAAUAUUGGAAAAUAGCUAAACAAGUACUGAAUACUACUUACCAGGCUGUGAAGUGAAGCCUAACAAUC